UCCGCUUCCGUUGUAAGCUUGAUCUCGUGCUUGCUCCCUCGGGAGGAUCGAGAUUGCAAGAGAACAGCAGGCAGGGCAGCGGCGGCCGCAGAUCACGAUGCUGCACGAGGGCGAGAGAAGUCUGCUAGUGGCAGAGCUGCUAAUGGUGCUCAGCAAAGGAGAUGGCAGCAGCGGUGUGGGAGAUGUCUUCUGUUUGUGCACCCGGGCGUUCGUCGAAGAUCGAAAUUUAUACAAACUAGGCUUAAAAGGCUUUUAUGUUAAAGAUGCUGAUGACAGCAUAGGAGAAGAGGAAAUUACUGAAGAUAACAAAAAAGAGGAGAAACCUAUCUUUGAGACUACUGAAAAAUUUAACAGUCUUGCUCUGGAAGUAGAUGAUGUCGAACCAGAUUCAGAAACUGAACUUAUGAAGAGUAUGGGGUUACCCGUACAGUUUGGCAGUUUGGCAGCCGAUAAAACAAAAGCGGCCUCUGAGAAGAUUGGCAAGAUAGUUAACAAAAUGACAAAGAAGAAGAAAAAGAAGAAAAAAAUGCUACAAGAAGAUAUCCAUGAAACCAUGUGGCAGUCCAUGGAAGAAGGUGAUGAUGACCAUUCUCUUUCUGAUGAUGAAAUCUUAGUGGAAAAGGAAGACAACUAUGCUGAAUUCUGUCAAAAUGGAAGCAUGCCACUGAAUGAACUGCAUAUAAAUGAGGAAUGGGAGCAAUACUGGCAUCAGUUUGGAGAAGAACUUCUAUGGAAAAGCUGGGAAAAGAAACAGGAGGGGGCUAAUCCUGAACCUUGGAACAAUCCUGAAAUGAAGGAUAAGUGGGAGCAACACUAUAAUGAGCUCUACUGGUAUUACUGGGAACAGUUUCGCUACUGGGCAAGUCAAGGUUGGACUGUUGAUGCUACACAUGGUAGUGAUCUAAAAGUGAAUACUGGAAAACUGAAUAGUAAGCAGUCAGAAAAAUCAUUAAACCCAGACAGCCAUGGAGAAGUGCAGAACUCAGCCUUUUAUACUCAUACUCCUUCCAUAGACAUUUGCAAAGAAAAUCCUCUUGUAUAUAAUGAUCCAAGUAAUGAUUAUAUUUUUUCUAAAAUCAGUGAAAUAAGUCUAAAUUCAGAAGAAGCAGAACACAGUAAAUUGCAAAGUGCAGCUGAUACUAAAGAACAUAAAGAACCAACUCUAGCAAGCAUUUCAAGGCAUAGUCCUUACAAUUGUGGCCAGACUGAGAAAUCAGAUAAGGAAACAAGAGAAGGAAGUGUGUCUUCUAAAAAUGGAUGCUCAGAUCAGCCAGGUUUACAGCAAGAACUUUUGGAUACCACAGCAAAGGGAACACCUGACAGUAAUGAUGGUGAUGAGGAGCCACCUGAGCAUAAACCUGUGAAACUAAAGAGAAGCCAUGAACUAGAUGUAGAAGAAAAUCCUCAGGAUGAUUCAGAUGGAAUUUUCUGCAAAUUGGGGCUCCAGCAUGGCACAGGACAAAAAUACAAAGGCAUUCCUAGCUUCAGUGAAAGAAAAGUGAUUCGUGUUAAUAAAAAUAUUAAAUUUAAAUCAGUGUUAUUGGACAUGCGCAGAACAAUCAAGACUAAAAACAAGCAUACAUAUUUUACAGAUGAACCUGAAACAUUUAUGUUGAAGAAAAGUAAGACCUUAAAUAAGGUACAGAAAUUCUUGCAAAAAGCGAAUGAAGAUGUGAAAAUUGGACCUGAAGGCAGAGUCUAUCUGAAGGUAGAAUCUUCUACCACCAGUGAUUCAGAUGAACAGGAAAAUGCUUCUCACUCACAGAAGAAUUUGAGUCUCCAAAAUUGUGACUUGCUAUAUCCUAGUUCAGAUACACACGAACUUGACAGUUUUGAAGUAAAAGACAAGGAAAAGCUGAUAGGCGAAGGAGAAGAAGCUCCAUUAGGAAGAGAACUCGUUCCCCUGGAUAUUCCAGACUACCUACAAAUGGACACAGAAGGUGAAGUAAAUACUUUGAAAAAGAAGACAAAUAAAAAGAUGCAUAAGUGGAAAAACAGAAACCUUAAGUGUCUUCCUCACGAAAUAGCCGAUGAUCCUGAGCUGGCUAAAUACUGGGCACAACGAUAUCGAUUGUUUUCUCGUUUUGAUGAAGGCAUUCAGUUAGAUAGAGAGGGAUGGUUUUCCGUAACACCUGAGAAAAUUGCUCAACACAUCGCAGACCGUGUAAGGCUAUCCUUUGACUCUGACAUAAUAGUAGACGCCUUUUGUGGUGUUGGAGGAAAUGCUAUUCAGUUUGCCUUGGCAGCAAAAAGAGUAAUUGCAGUUGACAUUGACCCUGUGAAGAUCCAACUCGCUCACAAUAAUGCCAUGGUUUACGGAGUGGCAGACCAAAUAGAAUUCAUAUGUGGUGAUUUCAUGAAGCUGGCAUCCAGUCUGAAAGCAGAUGUUGUGUUUUUGAGUCCUCCCUGGGGUGGGCCUGAAUAUGCUGUUGCAGAAAUCUUCGAUAUUCAAACAAUGAUUUCUCCUGAUGGAUUUGAAAUUUUUAACCUGUCACAGAAGAUUACCAACAACAUUGUUUAUUUUCUUCCACGUAACGCGGACGUAGAUCAGGUGGCUUCCUUAGCUGGACCAGGAGGAAAAGUUGAAAUAGAACAAAAUUUUCUGAAUAACAGAUUGAAGACCAUAACUGCUUAUUUUGGAGAUUUAAUUAGACAAAAUGUAUCCUGACUUAUUUAUUAGUAAGCUGUUUAUUGGGGAUAAAAGAGAUAAUCAAAUUUUAAUUAUAAUUCCUUUUAUUUACUUUUGUUAAUUUCUUAUUGCAAAAUGUUCCAUGUUCUAUUAAACUUGAGAAAACAAUGGUUUAAAAUGUUUGUCACAAACACCAAUAAAAUAUUUUAUAAAAAGACUUAAAAUAUGUUGAUAGUAAAAAGAUGAGAAUUGACUGAAGCAAAAUUCCAUAUUUAGAAUCUUACAUUACUUAAGUUAAUCUGUUUGUUUCUAUCCUAAAAAACAUUUUAAAUUUGGCUAUGAAAUGGUUACAAAGAGAGAAACCUGCUUUUUCAGCAGAAUGGAAGGAAGUUAUUUAAGGAACAUUUCGUACUCCUUUGAAAUACUGCAUCAAUUGCUUUUCAUCAUCAUUGGCUGAGAUUACGGAGCAAUUUUUAUCUAUGUUUUAUCUGUGAAUAAAAGUUGAUUGAGAUAAAAUAAUUUUACUAUAUACAUUUCACCAACUCCAAAAAGAUUAAUUAAAAAUUCAUUUACAAAUACAUUGCUAAUUCAGUUAGCAACUGUAAUUGGGAAGAGAAACUCCUUUGCUAAGUGAUAUGAUUGUAAAGCAAAAAUAUGCACAACUGCACAAACUUAAUAACAGAGUUCUGGUUGUGAUCAUUAAGUAAAUUAUACAACAUUGUAUGACUGACUCACAAUUUCCUAUUGUCUUCCUUUUUGACUUUUAUCAGAUGCCGGCACUGAUGGUCACAAAUGACAAUCACAAGUUCAUGGAUGCUGUGACUAUCAUAAUUAUGUGCUGGUUCUGAAGCAGUCAAGUUACUAUCUAUCACAUGUACACUGCAACAGCUGCAACUUUGAGGACCAAUCUCCUCAUUCAGCCCUAUCAUAACUGCAAAUGAUUGCUAAAUAAGUGGUCAUUGUACAAAGACUGCAGAGGUGGUAUUCAGCAGGUUCUGACCAGU